AAGCCAGAAAGUAAAAACCCUUAUGCAUUGAUGAACCCCAUUAACGAGGAAAGCAGUUUUCUUUCUUUCCCUUUCUCUGUGAAAUCUUCCCCCAAGAAAUCCCCGGAAAGAUACCAUAUUGUCAUCGGUGAAGGAAACUCUAUUAGCAGAAGCUGAACAAAGACAAUGGAGGAGAGCAACAACAUAGCAAGCAAUGUCGCUCGAGCCAUUGCUGCUUCCCUUGAUUUGAACUCUACUGCCGAUGCUCGCAAAGCCGCUCAUGCCUAUCUUAAUUCGUUUGAAGCAGGGGAUAUACAUGUUUUGGCAGACACAUCAUUUCUUUUGGUAAAAAAAGAUUGGUCUUCUGAAAUUCGGUUUCAUGCAUUUAAAGUGCUCCAGCAUAUGGUUCGGUUGAGGUGGGAGGAACUAAAUCCUGCUGAAAGAAUGAAUUUUGCAAAUGUUGCUGUUGAAUUAAUGCCUGAAAUAGCAGAUUCUUGUGAACAAUGGGCUUUGAAGAGUCAGAUGGCUGCCCUUGUUGCUGAGAUAGUUAGAAGAGAAGGCCUUAAUCUAUGGCAAGGCCUGCUUCCUUCGUUAGUUUCUCUAUCAAGCAAGGGUCCUGUACAAGCUGAGUUGGUGUCCAUGGUGCUGAGAUGGCUUCCUGAAGAUAUAACAGUUCACAAUGAAGAUUUGGAAGGUGAUCGGCGUAGGCUGUUGUUACGUGGGCUUACUCAAUCAUUGCCAGAAAUUUUUCCACUAUUAUACAAUGUGCUGGAAGGGCACUAUGGAACUGCAUUAAGUGAGGCUGGUAGGCAACAACUUGAUAUCGCUAAACAGCAUGCAGCAACAGUAACAGCAACUUUAAAUGCUAUUAAUGCCUACGCUGAGUGGGCUCCACUUCCUGAUCUUGCUAAAUAUGGAAUUAUUCAUGGGUGUGGUUUCUUACUUUCUUCUCCUGAUUUUCGUCUUCAUGCUUGUGAGUUUUUCAAACUUGUCUCCCCAAGAAGAAGACCUUCUGAUGCCUCUGCUUCCGAGUUUGAUUCUGCUAUGAGUAGUAUUUUUCAGAUCUUGAUGAAUGUAUCCAGAGAAUUUUUGUACAAAUCCAGCUCAACUGCUGGGGUUAUAGAUGAAAGUGACUUUGAGUUUGCAGAAUAUGUAUGUGAGAGUAUGGUAUCUUUGGGUUCUUCAAAUUUACAGUGUAUUGAUGGAGACAGCACUGCACUCGCUCUCUAUUUAGAACAGAUGCUGGGAUUUUUUCAACAUUUUAAGCUAGCUCUUCAUUACCAAUCCUUGCUGUUUUGGCUGGCAUUAAUGAGAGAUUUAAUGUCCAAGCCAAAGAUUUCUGCACAUUCAACUGGGGAUGGGUCAGCUGUCAAUAACCAGGAGUCUGGCUCAGGACAGGCAGAUAAUGAGAAGAAGAAGAUUUUAAGUAUUCUAAAUGAUGAUAUGUGCAGUACAAUUCUGGAUAUAUCUUUCCAGCGCUUGCUUAAGAAAGAAAAACUUCUUUCUGGAACAGUCAUAUCUCUGGGGCCUUUAGAGUUGUGGACUGAUAAUAUUGAGGGCAAGGGUGAUUUUGGUCAGUACCGUUCCAGGCUGUUGGAAGUGAUCAAGUUCAUUGCUACGAACAAGCCUUUUAUAGCUGGUGCCAAAGUUUGUGAGAGGAUAGUUACAAUAAUUACAAUCCUCUUGAAUUCUCCAAUGGCUGCUCAGGACUUAGCUGUGAUGGAAAGCAUGCAAGUGGGUCUAGAAAAUGUAGUGAGCACCAUUUUUGAUGGAUCAAAUGAGUUUGCUGGGGGCAGUUCAGAACUUCACCAGACAUUAUGUAGAAUGUUUGAAGGUUUACUUCAGCAACUUCUUUCUUUGAAAUGGACUGAACCGGCCCUUGUUGAAGUCCUUGGGCACUAUUUAGAUGCAAUGGGUCCCUUUCUCAAGUAUUUCCCAGAUGCAGUUGGCAGUGUCAUCAAUAAACUUUUUGAGCUUCUAACUUCGCUUCCCUUUGUUGUUAAGGAUCCUGCAACAAGCAGUGCUCGAUAUGCAAGGUUGCAGAUUUGUACAUCAUUUAUUCGAAUAGCCAAAGCUGCUGAUAAAAGCAUUCUGCCUCACAUGAAGGGAAUAGCUGAUACCAUGGCAUAUUUACAAGGAGGAGGUUGCUUGCUUCGUAGUGAACAUAAUCUUCUCGGUGAAGCAUUUCUCGUGAUGGCUUCUUCUGCGGGGAUUCAACAGCAGCAAGAAGUUUUGGCUUGGUUACUUGAACCUAUGAGCCAACAGUGGAUACUUUUGGAGUGGCAAAACAAUUAUUUAUCCGAACCACUUGGUCUAGUUCGUUUAUGCUCAGAGACAACAUUUAUGUGGUCAAUUUUCCAUAAUGUUACAUUCUUUGAGAAAGCACUUAAGAGGAGUGGAAUGAAGAAAGGGAGUUUGAACUUGCAAACAGCAAGCUCAACUGCAUUGCAUCCAAUGGCUUCACAUGUAUCUUGGAUGCUGCCUCCUCUGUUAAAACUGCUUCGUGCUAUACAUUCUCUUUGGUCUCCAUCUGUGUUUCAAAUAUUACCUGGAGAGAUAAAAGCAGCAAUGACAAUGAGUGAUGUUGAGCUAUCAGCUCUUCUUGGUGGAGCUAACCCUAAAUUUUCGAAAGGUGUUUUAACUUUCACAGACGGAUCUCAGAUUGACACAAGCAAAGAAGGAUAUGUAGAUACAAAUGAAGUAGAUAUACGAAAUUGGUUAAGAGGUAUCAGAGACAGUGGGUACAAUGUAUUGGGCUUAUCAGCAACCAUUGGAGAUGCAUUUUUCAAACAUUUGGAUGUCCAUUCUGUUGCUGUAGCACUAAUGGAGAACAUACAAUCGAUGGAAUUCAGACAUAUAAGGCAGCUUGUACAUUCUGUUUUGAUUCCUUUGGUUAAGCAUUGUCCUCCAGAUAUGUGGGAAGUCUGGCUGGAAAAGCUUCUGUACCCAUUAUUUUGUUUCUGUCAGCAAGCACUCAGAUGCUCUUGGUCCAGUCUUUUGCAUGAAGGGCGAGCAAAGGUUCCUGAUAAUCAUGGCAUUCUUGCUGGGUCAGACUUGAAAGUGGAAGUAAUGGAGGAGAAAUUACUUAGAGAUUUAACUCGUGAGAUAUGUUAUCUCCUCUCCACUGUGGCUUCACCGGGAUUAAAUACUGGUCUUCCUACUCUAGAACAUUCUGGGCAUGUUGGCCGUGUGGAUAUAUCUUCUCUUAAAGAUUUGGAUGCAUUUGCAUCAACCUGCAUGGUCAGUUUUCUUUUGAAGCACAAACAGCUGGCAAUUCCGAUAUUGCAUAUGUCAUUGGAAGCUUUCACAUGGACAGACAGUGAAGCAGUGACCAAGGUUUCUUCCUUCUCUACCACAGUUGUUCUUCUAGCUAUAUUUACAAAUAAUGUGGAACUCCGAGAAUUUGUUUCCAGAGAUCUGUUUACAGCAGUAAUUCAAGGUUUGGCCCUUGAGUCGAAUGCUGUUAUCAGUGCUGAUCUGGUUAACCUUUGUCGGGAAAUAUUCAUAUAUCUGUGUGACAGAGAUCCAGCUCCAAGGCAGAUUUUGCUCUCCCUCCCAUGUAUUACCCCCAAUGAUCUGCAAGCUUUUGAAGAAGCUUUGACAAAGACAGCAAGUCCCAAGGAACAAAAGCAGCAUAUGAAGAGCUUGCUCCUACUAGCCACUGGAAACAACCUGAAAGCACUUGCAGCUCAGAAGAGUGUAAAUAUCAUCAUGAAUGUUUCAGCAAAACCUCGUGGCUCAGUUAAUGCUCCAGAAACUAGAAUUGAUGAAGGGGACACUGUUGGGUUGGCUGCAAUUUUGUGAUCAGAAUAUUUGAUGGUUUGUUGCUCUUGUAUAGAAUAGCUAACCCUGGAAAAGAAAGGUACAUGCUUGACAGAUACAAAAAUACAAUAGGCAGCUUUUUCUUUGCCAUAGACUGACAGGAGCUUGUACUAAUGCUGGUUGCUGGUUCAGGAGCUUGUGCAUUAUGCCUAUGGCCAUGUAUGUAUAUCACUUUUGCUAAUACUUGUGUUAUUCCAUCUCUCCUUGUUGGAUUGAAACAAAAACCAGGUUUCAGUUGUAAAAUCAGAGCUAUCUGAUACUAUUUGUUUACAACUGUAUCAGAAGAAAUUUUUUUAACCCCAUCUGAGAAAUCAGAGUUGCUUGGAAGAUGGGGUAAAUCAUAAGAAUCGCGAGGCUUUGAGGUGGAUAGGCCUUUUGAUUUUGGGGACACAUUUCAAUGCUGCAUGAAGCAAAGACCGAAAGAUUAGGUACUUCAAAAUUAAGAAUAAACAAAUCCAGUGCAAGUUAAUUAUUUGACAUCGCAAGGGAAGUAGUUAUGGGCAUUUAAUAAAUUGUUGAGAUCAUG